CGAAAAUCGUGCGGAUCAUUUCAGCACGCAAAGUAUUUCUUUGAAAAUAGUGAUAUAUUGAUAAUAUUACCUUAAUUAGCUUCGACGCAAGAUUAUCCUAAAGCUCAAAAAAUGUCCUCCAAAGAUUUUCCCGUGAUCGAAGAUAACGAUGUGCUUCUAAUAAGCGAAACCAUCGCUCUGGAAAGUGAAGACGAAGAGCAACCGGAAAUGAAGGCUGAGCGCAAAUACGUGGCCAACCGUGGCUCUAGUACGGGGCCGAUUGAGAUAGUGGACCUGGAAGACGAAGAAAACGAUGAUGUCGAGAUCAUAGAACAGUUAGUUGAUACCAUAUCGGUAUCUUCGAUGGAUUCGGAACCUCCCACAGUGAUGUCGACGGUCCGGAUCAAGGUCGAAAAGGAUACCGACAGUUGUCAGGCAAUAGAGUCGGACCCUAUUGAUAGUUCCUGGAGCGUGGACAGCUAUAGUAAUCCCUCCGAAACGGAACACCACUGGGAAUUACGGCGGAGAUUUAUGCAACGCUACAAAACCGUCAUUCCGGAAGAGCAGCUGGUUCCUUUGGCUCAAGCGUUCGUAAAUGUGCAACUACUGGGUACGGUUUACAGUCCGGAGGUUAUGUCCCAGCUGGAGAAACUAGGACGACCAGUAGCCGAACAGUUCCAUUAUCUGUUCAGCCGGAAAACCGCUCGCCGUUAUAUGGUACCUGGUUCGAAAGCUGCCAAUCGUUGGAUACACGGCAUCAACGAGGCCCAAGUAGCUGGCCAACGACGAAAACAGGCAGCGCUUAUGUUAUCCCCGGUCAGUACGAUCGGAUCGAUUGACGAUGUUUUCCACAACUUCGUCCUUCUCGAUGACGAUUUGGACAAAAGCGCCCGGGAAUUCGACAUGCUGCAGCGUGGGCGAUUUGUUUGGACGGUCAAGAUGUGCGAAAAAGGCAGUUGGCAGGUUUCGGCGUCUGCGGCCGGUUAUCCCCUGGCAAACGCAUGCGGCCAAUGUAAAAAAGCCAAACGCAAAGCCAGGGAGACAGUCAUGCAGCUGAUGCGACGGAAAUGCUACCACAUUAUGUCAAAUCCAAACUACUGCUGGAUUCAUUCUACCGUUGAUCGGUUGAAAUCUCCCAUCGAGCUUGAUUUCAACGGGAAUCCGUAUGAAGAGAAGACAACCAGUCCGAAUGGCUCAGCGGCCCCGAAAAGAAAGAAGGACCAACUGAAGGAGGACAACAUCGGCUAUCGCAUGCUGAAGAAGCUCGGAUGGGGUGGCGGCCCGUUGGGCAAACACAAAGACGGCAUUGUGGAUCCGAUCGAGGUGCAGGCCAAGCGCGGCCGUCGGGGUUUGGGUCAGGUGGAUCUGAAGCACCUGGCAUCUGAGAUCGCAACCGGGCAGCGAGAUUUGAACACGGUUCCGUUUCAGAUUGAUGUUAAUUUUUAUAGGGAUAUCAUGAGAAAUUUUAAGGCAAAACAAAUAGGAUAUGAUUUGAUCUUUUCCGCCGAAUUUAGUGAAGUGGAAAGAAUGCUGUUAUUUAAAUUAGCUGCCGAGCAGCAGCUCCACUGCUCCGAAAUCACUUACAAUCAUGAGCAGUACCAUUUUGUGCUGCUCAAGCAUCGGAUUUCGCCGCACGAACUGCUGGUGAAGAUCCUGGUCGAACGACACCCUAUCUAUAGUGCCUUGUACUUGGUAGAACCUCCGCUGGAGGACCAAGGGCUACACAAUAAAGUACUUGAACUGUUGAGUUUUACCUAA